CUAGCCCAGGGGCAGGUAGGGCUGGGGCGCAGGGCCCGAGCAGGGGUGGCUGGUGCCCCAGACUCCAGCCUGGGCCCUGCCCAGAUCGCCCAGGGAUAAAGGUCAUCCAGAACCCACGCUGGCCCCCAUUUAGCCCUGUAAGGGGAGGGGACCCAGGGAGCCCCCCAGGAGGGCAUAGCACCAACACCAGCUGGUGUCCGCUUGGACCUUAUACCCCUGCUGGCCCAGCCCUCGCCCUGCUGCAGCUCUGGGCUAGAGGGGCAAGCGGCUAGCAGCCAGGCCUGGUCCCAGCCCUCCGCUGCCGAUGGAGGCGGCCACCCUGCUCUCCUACGAGCUGGGCCUCCUGCUGCUGCCGCUCCUGGCCGUGUUGCUGAUGGCACUGUGUGUGCGCUGCCGAGACCUGCCAGGCUCCUACGACAGCGCUACCUCGGAUAGUUUGACUACAGGUGGCUUGAUAAAACCAUCUGCCACGCUCAGCCCCUGGCUACCAGUCACUUCCUACCCGCCUGUUACCUCCUAUCCACCCCUGAGCCAGCCAGACCUGCUUCCCAUCCCGAGAUCCCCGCAGCCCUCUGGGAGCUCCCACCGCAUGCCAGCCCCCCGGCAGGACUCAGAUGGUGCCAACAGUGUGGCGAGCUACGAGAACCAGGGUGCGUCCAGGCCCCGGGGUGCUGGGGGAGGGGAGGGCUGGGGCCUGACCCGCUGUGCUCCCUGGUGUUGUUGCCCAGGGCCAGUCUGUGAGGACAAGGAUGAAGAUGAGGAGGAUGAGCACAACGAGGGCUACUUGGUGGUGCUUCCUGACAAUACCCCUGCCACAGUCAGCGCCGUCCCGCCAGCUCCUGGGCCCAACAACACCGGCCUCCGCGACAGCAACUUCUCCAUGGAGUCAGGAGAAGAUUAUGUGAACGUUCAAGAGAGUGAGGAGAGUGGCAAUGCGUCUCUGGAUGGGAGCCGGGAGUAUGUGAAUGUGUCUGAGGAGCUACAGCCCCCAGCGAGGACUGAGCGUGCCACCAAGAAUUCCCAGGAGCUGGAGGAUGAGGAGGAAGAGGAACUUCCAGACUAUGAGAACCUGCAGGAGCUAAACUGAGGGCCUGUGCAAGGCCAAGCCUGACCUGGAACCAGCCUCGCCUGAGAGAGCUAAGCCGGAAGCCAUGUAAUGGCUCUGCUCCACGUGGCACCCGUCCUGGCCUUAGCCUGACAACAGCCUGAGAAUUUCCCCUAACUUAUUUUCACUUUGGGGUACAGUCAGUGUUCCCCCAACACUGCACCUUCUGAUGCAGCCUGAGAAUGAACUACUCUGACCCCAGCCCUACUCUGUUAGAAUAAAGGCUGGUGUGGUCUGUAAGUGCUCUUGCCUUGG